GCGACCCUGCCGUGCGCCGGGGCGGGAGGGCGGAGCCUCGCCUGCACAAAUAGGGCCGAGGGGCGGGGCGGCCCCGAUUUCCCGCCAAACUCUGCCGGGCCUCCCGGAGUCGAAAGCGAGCUCGGAGCUGCUUCCCGCUGCUGUCAUGGUUCGUCCGCUAAACUGCAUCGUCGCUGUGUCCCAGAACAUGGGCAUCGGCAAGAACGGGGACCUGCCCUGGCCUCCGCUCAGGAAUGAAUUUAAGUAUUUCCAGAGAAUGACCACAACCUCUUCAGUAGAAGGUAAACAAAAUAUCGUGAUUAUGGGUAGGAAGACCUGGUUUUCCAUUCCUGAAAAGAAUCGGCCUUUAAAAGACAGAAUUAAUUUAGUUCUCAGUAGAGAACUCAAGGAACCUCCACAAGGAGCUCAUUUUCUUGCCAAAAGUCUGAAUGAUGCCCUAAAACUUAUUGAGCAACCAGAAUUAGCUAAUCAAGUGGACAUGGUUUGGAUAGUGGGAGGUAGUUCUGUUUAUAAGGAAGCCAUGAACCAGCCAGGCCAUCUUAAACUGUUCGUGACAAGGAUCAUGCAGGAUUUUGAAAGUGAUACCUUUUUUCCAGAAAUUGAUUUGGAGAAAUAUAAACUUCUCCCAGAAUACCCAGGUGUUCUUUCUGAUGUCCAGGAGGAGAAAGGCAUUAAGUAUAAGUUUGAAGUGUAUGAAAAGAACGACUGAUGUGAAUGUGUUUUCAAGCUGUUUCCCCUCCUCUGAAAAAGUGUAUAUUUUUAUAUAAGAAAAAAAGGCUUUUGUUGACUUCAGAUCUAGGGAUAAUAAUUUCUAAGCAGUAUGCUUUUAUUCCCAUUAAUGUUAAAUAGACUAUAUCAGAUACCACUUGUGCCAUAACUGUCACAGCGUCUUGCCAUUGCUGACUCGGUGCUUCUGCCCCACAGCUGAGUCCACGCACCUGCUUAGGGUAGCCCACAGUGGAGAGUCCCUGGGUAGCAUGAGUUGACAUGACACCACGGGCCAAUAGAGACAGAAGCUAGAUAGAUUAAUUCUGGAGCAGAAAAACAGAAAAGCUAGAACUCAGAUUUGAAAAAAAUUAGAUCAAAGUAGGAGCUGUGAAUAUUCUGUGUACAUCACAUGCUAAGUAAAGUUGUGCUCACUGAAUCUUACAGAAACUUAGAAGAUGGCAGCGGGUGCCUACAGGGGCUGAAAGACUCACUACAGGCAGACCAGCUUGAAAUCUGAAAGUACAGUCCUUUCUUGAAUUUAUUCUAAAAGGAAGUUACAAAUAUGUCCAGGGAUAAAUGUAACUUUUUCUAAAAAUGGUCAUUAUUUGUGAAAUCUGUGUGUGUGGGACUGGCAAGUGGCAUGGUGGUUAAGGGCACUGGAUUCCCACAUGGCCGACCAUGAUUUCAGUCCAAGACCUGGCUACUUG